UGACUGUGAAGAAAAGAAGCGAGAAGUUCCGAAAGUUUGGUCAGCGCUGCGCGAAGACAAAACUACACGGAUUUAUGAGGUCAAACAGGAGUCUCUGACUAAAAAAAAGACAACUCAUAUAUUGAAUAUAAAACGUUUUCAGACUCGUUCGUUCUUUUCAAGAUCAUUUUUAGAUCCGUUGUCCUUUAACCUGAGACAGAGCACAGCCUCGCGCUGGUAACUCUAUGUGGAUUUUACCAAAAAUAUGGGCCAAAUACCCGGCGUCUCUUCGGGAAAAGUAAUCUUCCUCGCUAUUUGCUGCCUUAAAUUAUCAUACGCUCUGCAGUGUGUUGACCCUGUGAAGCCCUGUGUGAACAAUGCUACCUGUGUAACCUUCCACAACGGAACAGGCUAUUGCAGGUGUGCUUCUGGGUUCUUAGGGGAGUAUUGCCAGCAUAAGGACCCGUGCUAUGUGGGUUAUUGUCUGAAUGGAGGAGAGUGCACUGUGAGUGUGGCUGGAGUCCCUGGCAGCCCCAGCUGCAUGUGUCCUCUGGGCUUCACCGGACAGCACUGCGAGAUCCAGAAGAACUCCACCUGCUACCCCAACAACCCCUGCACCAAUGGGGGGACGUGCUCACUCCGCCCCAACGACCAGUACAAAUGCAAGUGUGCCCGUGGGUGGACAGGUCAGCACUGUAAGCGAGAGGACACCUGCCUGUCCAGCCCAUGUGCCAACGGAGGCUCCUGCCAUGCUCUGCCCAACCGGGAAUUCUCUUGUACCUGUAUUCCUGGUUACCAAGGACCCCAAUGUUUUAAUGACACAGAUGAGUGUGCCGUCUCCACCUCUCUCUGCAAGAAUGGAGGCACUUGUCUGAACACCCAAGGGUCAUAUCAAUGUAACUGCCUACCCGGUUUUACAGGCCGCCACUGCGAGACGGUUUACAUACCCUGCUCUCCUUCCCCCUGCCUCAACGGUGGAACCUGCCGGCAGAUGACCGACACAACUUAUGUAUGCCAUUGCCUGCAAGGUUUUAAUGGAACAAACUGUGAGGUGAACAUAGAUGAUUGUCCAAAUCACAACUGUCAGAAUGGAGCCACUUGCAUGGAUAGUGUGAACACUUACAACUGCCAGUGCCCACCUGAAUGGACUGGCCAGUUUUGCAACAACGAUGUUGAUGAAUGCCGACUGCAGCCUAACACCUGUCAAAAUGGAGGCACAUGCAGUAACACACUCAACGGUUACAACUGCGUUUGUGUGAACGGCUGGAGUGGGCCCGACUGCUCAGAGAACUUUGAUGACUGCGCAGCCAAGCCCUGCACCACUGGUUCCACCUGCAUUGAUCGUGUUGCCUCUUUCGUCUGCAGCUGCCCUCCUGGCAAGACCGGCUUGCUGUGUCACAUUGAUGAUGCCUGCACCAGCAAUCCUUGCAAGAUGGGAGCUCAAUGUGACACAAACCCUGUCAACGGCAAAUUCAACUGUAACUGCCCUUCAGGAUACAAGGGCAGCACGUGUGCGGAGGACAUCAACGAAUGUGUCAUUGGGCCAAACCCCUGUGAGCAUGGCGGCUCAUGUGAAAACACAGAGGGCUCAUUCACCUGUAACUGCGCUCCAGGCUACACCGGCCCACGCUGUGAGCAGGACAUCAAUGAAUGUUGCUCCAAUCCCUGCAAAAAUGACGCCACCUGCUUGGAUCAGAUAGGAGGUUACACCUGCAUCUGUAUGCCAGGCUUUGUAGGAGUGCACUGUGAGAUUGACAUUAACGAGUGUGGCAGCUUACCUUGUCUCAAUAAUGGUAAAUGUCUGGACCAGGUCAGCCGAUUCGUCUGCGAGUGUCCUCAAGGUUUCACUGGGGAAAUGUGUCAGGUUGACAUUGAUGAAUGUGCCAGUACUCCGUGCCAUAAUGGGGCCAAGUGUCUUGAUCGACCUAAUGGUUAUGAGUGUGAAUGUGCUGAAGGUUUCGCAGGACUAUUGUGUAUGGAAAACUUUAACGACUGUGAACCUAAGCCCUGUCACCAUGGCGAUUGUAUAGAUGGAAUUGCUACCUUCUUCUGCAAGUGUCACCCAGGUUACAUGGGCCCCAUCUGCAGCGAGCAGAUAUGGGAGUGCCUGAGUGACCCCUGCCAAAAUGGAGGACGCUGUGUUGACCUGGUCAACAAGUAUCAAUGCUACUGUCUGCUGGGCACCUCAGGUGUGAACUGUGAGAUUAACCACGAUGACUGUGCCAGUAAUCCCUGCCAGCAUGGGACCUGUAAGGAUGGAAUCAACGAGUACAAGUGUGUUUGCGAGGCUGGAUACACAGGGGAGAGAUGUACUGAGGAGAUAAACGAGUGCAGUUCGAACCCGUGUCUGAGCGGAGGGACUUGUGUGGAUAAACUGAACGGGUUUGAGUGUUUGUGUCCGGCUGGGACUCAUGGUCCUCUGUGUCACACAGGUGCAGAUCACUGCAGUCCCAAGCCCUGCCAGCAUGGAGUAUGUGUCGAGCAGCAGGACGGGUACCACUGUGCAUGUAAACCUGGCUGGGAGGGUAAGAAUUGUGAACAAGAGAAGAACGAGUGUCUGUCCAACCCCUGCCAGAAUGGUGGAAUAUGUAAUGAUCUUCUCAACAGCUACACCUGUGUGUGUGACCACGGAUUUGCAGGUUCCAACUGUGAGAUUAACAUUAAUGAAUGUGAGUCAAGCCCUUGUGUAAAUAAGGGAACCUGUGUAGAUGGAGUCAACAGCUACACCUGCCACUGCACCCUACCUUACACAGGGAGACACUGCGAGGAGAAGUUGAUCCCCUGUGCAUCUCAGCCCUGCCAGAGAGGAGGGGCAUGUCAGCCAUCCCUGGAUUACACCACCUACACCUGCAGGUGCCUAAGUGGCUGGGAAGGAGCCCAAUGCACAGAGGAUGUAGACGAGUGCUGGAAGAACCCGUGUCAGAAUGGAGCUCAUUGUAUGAACACAUUGGGCAGCUAUCGCUGCGAUUGUCAACCUGGAUAUAGUGGCGUUAACUGCCAGACCAACAUUGAUGACUGUAGCUCCAAUCCUUGUCGCAAUGGUGGUACAUGUGUGGAUAAAGUAGGACGGUUUUUGUGCGAAUGCAGAGCUGGAUUCUACGGAGAGCGCUGUGAGAAGGAGGUGGAUGAGUGCGCUAGCAGCCCCUGCUGGAAUGGAGGCAGUUGCACGGACUAUGUGAACAGCUACACAUGCGAGUGCCCGCCUGGCUUUGACGGCAUCAGCUGUGAACGUGAUAUCCCAGAUUGCUCUGAGACCUCCUGUCUCAACAAUGGAACAUGUGUGGAUGGAAUUAACCGUUUCUCCUGCCGCUGUCGACAUGGUUUUUUGGGCCAGUUCUGCCAGUUUGAACUGAAUGAGUGUGACUCUCAGCCCUGUAAAAAUGGCGGCAUCUGCAUUGACGGCCUGGGGACCUUCCAUUGCACCUGCCCACUGAUGUACAAUGGAAAAACGUGUGAGUCAAUGGUGAACGUGUGCAGUCAGAUUAAGUGUCUGAAUGGAGGUACAUGCAUCCAGAAGGAGAUGGACUGGAGAUGCAACUGUCAGCACGGCUGGACAGGCCUGUACUGCGACAUCCCAAACAUGUCCUGCCAGACUAUUGCCAACCGCAAGGGUGUGACAAUGGACAUGGUAUGUGAGCAUGCUGGGCGGUGUGUGGACAAAGACCACACACACCAGUGUCUGUGUCAGAGGGGUUACACGGGCAGUUACUGUGAGGAGGAAGUGGACGAGUGUCUGUCCAACCCUUGCAGAAAUGGAGGGACCUGCAAGGAUUACCAGGGAGGAUACGACUGCCAGUGUAAAGCUGGAUUUCAGGGUGUGAAUUGUGAAUAUGAUGUUAAUGAGUGUCAGUCAAAUCCUUGUCACCAUGGAGGUACUUGCAUUGACCUGAUCAACCGGUUCUCCUGUGCCUGCCCUCCUGGCACCAAAGGUUUGCAGUGUGAAGUAGAUGUGGAUGAAUGUUCCCUAGAGUUCAGCCCACGUUGUCUGAAUGGUGGGCAAUGUAUGGAUGGUGUGGGGCGGUACACCUGCUCCUGCCCACCUGGUUUUGCUGGGGAACAUUGUGAGGGCGAUGUGAACGAAUGUCUUUCUGGUCCCUGCCACCGGCCCGGCACCGUUGACUGUGUGCCACUCGCCAAUGACUAUCAGUGCCGCUGCCGUCUUGGGUACACUGGUCAACACUGUGAGUCAAUGGUGGAUCUGUGCCAAUCUAAGCCGUGCCACCACAACGGCAGAUGUGCCAUGAACAUGAGUUCAGUACAUGGAUACAGCUGCACCUGCCAAUCCGGUUUCACUGGCUUCAACUGUGGCGACUUUGAGAUGUAUACCUGUGCCAGCUUGCAUUGCCAGAAUGGUGGACACUGUGUAGAAAUGCGUGGUCAGCCACAGUGCCACUGUCAAGCUGGUUUUACUGGCACACAAUGCGAGAUGGUCCAACCCUGCAUGUGUCAAAACGGAGGCAACUGUAUCCCAGAUCCACGCGAUUCCAACAGGUUCAGUUGCCGAUGUCCACCUGGCUACAGCGGGCCGAACUGUCAAAUUAUAAUUUCCAAGCCUGUUCCCACCUGCCCAUAUGUGCAGUGCAAGCAGAGGGCCGGAGACAAAGUUUGUGACCCGCAGUGCAAGAAACCUGAGUGCGAGUGGGAUGGGGGCGACUGUAGUCUGCACUGGAAUAUGCCCUGGAAGAACUGCACAGCCUCCAAGCCCUGCUGGGACUUAUUCCAUAACGGCCGCUGUGACCCAGAGUGUAACAAUGCUGGCUGCCUCUUCGACAGCUAUGAAUGCCAGAAUGAUCCAUCUUCGGUCCCAAGCACUUGCAAAUACGACAAGUACUGUGCGGAUCAUUACGCCAAUGGUCAUUGUAACCAAGGCUGUAACACGGAAGCAUGUGGCUGGGAUGGUCUCGACUGUGAUGCAGGCACUCCUCCCAAGCUGGCUGAUGGCACGCUGGUGAUCGUGGUUUUGCUGCAGCCCGAGGAGCUGCUGGGUGACCUGAAGGGUUUCCUGCGCUCUUUGGGGACGCUCCUGCACACCAAUCUGCGAUUGAAGCUGGACGAACAGCAGAGGCCUAUGGUGUACCCGUACUAUGGAUUGGAGCAGGGUGACAUGCAAGACAGUGCCGCCACUAUGAAGCAACGUGGAAAACGAGAGCUGGAGAAGGAAGUUAUUGGAUCGAAGGUUUACAUGGAGAUCGACAAUCGCCAGUGUUCUCUGCACUCAAAAGAAUGCAUCUCCAGUGCAGACCAGGCUGCGGCCUUCAUAGCUGCGGAGUACCUGAAAUCUGAGUUGCCAUACCCUGUCUACUCUGUUAGCAGUGAUCACCAAGACCUCACAACUGUGUCCCCCCUCCUAUACCUCAUUGCCGUGGCAGCAGCUCUCAUACUGCUGAUUCUAGUGCUGGGUGUGUUGGCUGCCAAGCGGAAACGCAAACAUGGGACUUUAUGGCUGCCUGAUGGCUUCCUAGCGAAGAAGGACAGCAAACGCAGAGAGCCAGUUGGGCAGGAUGAUUUUGGCAUGAAGAACAUCCAGAAGCCACAGGAUGUUGGGAUGAUGGAUGGAAGUUCCACCCACCACUGGUCAGAGGAGGAUCAUCUAUCUAAGAAACCCAGGAUGGAGGAUAAGCCAUUGCUUUCUGUUGGUAUGGAUGGAGGAGUGGACCAGAGAGAGUGGACCUUGCAGCAUCACAAAGCUGCUGACAUCACACUCACUCCGCCUCAGGCAGACAUAGACAUGGACAGCCUUGAUGUCAAUGUUAAAGGGCCAGAUGGUUUCACCCCUCUCAUGCUGGCAUCUCUUCGGAGUGGCAGCAGCCCCGAUUGUGGCAGCAUGCUAGGCGAAGAGGAGGAGGAACUUGUCGCAGACGAGCCAGGCACAAAUGUCAUCACCGAUCUCAUUGGACAAGGUGCGUUGCUUAAUGCCCAGACGGACCGCACUGGAGAGACCGCCCUUCACCUCGCAGCACGAUAUUCCCGCGCAGAUGCCGCCAAGAGACUGCUUGAUGCUGGUACUGAUGCAAAUGCUCAUGAUAAAAUGGGCCGCACGCCUCUACAUGCGGCUGUGGCAGCAGAUGCCCAAGGAGUCUUCCAGAUUCUUAUUCGCAACCGUGCCACGGAUCUUGAUGCCCGUAUGAAUGAUGGCACCACACCACUAAUCCUGGCAGCCAGACUGGCAGUGGAGGGCAUGGUGGAGGAACUGGUUCAUUGCCAUGCAGAUGUCAAUGCUGUGGAUGACCAUGGUAAGUCGGCUUUGCACUGGGCCGCCGCUGUCAAUAAUGUAGAAGCCACACUGGUGCUUCUUAAGAACGGAGCCAAUCGAGACAUGCAGGACAACAAGGAAGAGACUCCCUUGUUUCUGGCUGCAAGGGAGGGCAGCUUUGAAGCGGCUCAAAUUCUGCUAGAUCACUAUUCAAACCGUGACAUCACCGACCACCUUGACCGCCUGCCACGUGACACAGCCCAAGAAAGGAUGCACCAUGACAUUGUGCGUCUGCUGGAUCAAUACAACCUGGUGCACAGUCCACACUCUGGGCCCAACCACAUGGGCAAUGGUGGAGGGCACUCCUCUGUGGUCUGUGGGGUGAAUGGGACAGGAUUCAUCGGCAUGCGUCCAGGACCGCAGGGCAAAAAGAAUCGCAGAGGAGGGAAAGUGGGUGGUGUUGCGGCCGGGACAGCCAAAGACGUGAAAGAUGUGAAAGCCAAGAGGCGGAAGAAGCCUGCCGGAGGAGAGGGCCCAGCUGUAGUGGCGGUGGGUGGAGCUAAUGGAAGUAAAGUCACGAAAGCAACAGGAGGUCUCUCUGAAAGUUCAGUCACCAUGUCACCUGUUGAUUCUCUCGAGUCUCCACACUCAUAUGCCGGAGAGGCUCCGACAACCUCCACUGUGGUAAACUCGCCUCCUCUGCUGGGCAACCCAUCCGCAAGGCCCAUGCUUCCCCCUGUCAGUCACAUGCUGGGCCAGACGCAGAGCUGGGUGGGUCUGGCCAAAAACGGCUACAAUGGCCACAUGUUUGGCCUUAUGCCAUCCCACCAAAUGAGCACAGGCCAAACGGGCAUGCAGCAGCACCACAGCCCAGGCAUGCUCACCCCGAUGAAUGUCACCAUGAGCCGUGAGCAGCUGCCACCCAUUGUCACCUUCCAGAUGAUGGCAACAGGCAGCGGGCAGAGCCUCCUCAAGCAGGCGCAACAGGGGCAGCUGCAGGCACAGGGCCAGAACCACGGGCAGGCACAUGCCCAACAAGGCCAGCUCCUCCACUGCAACCAGAGCAUGAUGUACCCCAUGCCUGACAUGGGGAUGCAACACGGCCUGUUGCACACCCUUCAGCACCCCCAUGGUCACAACCAUACCCUCCCUCAUGGGCACGGGCUGGCAGAAGGACAAGCACGGCAGGCGGCAUCCUAUCAGCCACGCCAGAGCCCUGUGGAUAAAUAUCCCACCCCACCCUCCCAGCACAGCUAUGCCACUGCUGGUUCCGAGGGAACCACCCCAGGUCACCCAGCACACCCUACCAGCGAACACCCCUACCUCACCCCCUCGCCUGAAUCACCUGACCCCUGGUCCUCCUCAUCCCCCCACUCCAACUCAGACUGGUCUGAUGUCACCACUAGCCCCACACCUCUAGGAAACCACAUUCACUGCCUCCUUCCCGCCACACACACAUUCCUGAACAGGCCCAACCGCAGCCCCAGUCGCAGUCGGCGCAGCCGGCGCAGUCCCAGCAAUCGCAGCGCAGCAGUGUCUAUGCGUAGGAACAUUGACCUCAGAAAUGCACUCUAACAGUUUAAUUGCAUGGAACGACCAUUUUGAUCUCUCUCUCUCACUCCAGCUGUCAAGGGAGUGGCCAACUAUCACUCUGUCAAAUGGUCUUCCUCUUUUUCUCUCUGCUCUGCUCUUCAUGUCAUUGUUAUGUUCUGCAUGUUAACCUGUGGUAUUUUGUGUUAUAAAUUUCCACUAGCCCAAAUAUUUUACCACCCAGAAGUUACUUUGAGAUCAUAGGGUUGGAUUGGACUAAACAGAGAACUCUUGUUCUUUAAGCAGUGAUUUUUUAACAAAUCCAACAGUUGUCUGCAGUCUGAGGCACUGUUACUUAUGGAUGAUUUCACUGCCAAGCUAAGGAGUCUCACCUGUGGUUACUGGAGGUGUGUCAUUUUUAAUCCAUUUUGAAGGAUAUUUUCUCAUUUAAUCUGCAGUUUCUCUUUGAUCAUUUUUUGUUUUUUGUUAAAGCCAGAUGUGCUUAAUUUGGUACAAACAUUGAUUGAUAAAUUAAUUUGUCUUUUUAUAUAAAGGGUCAGCUUCAUGCCUUCUCAUCAGUUUCCCCUUAGAUCAACCUGCCUUGUAGUUUUGUAUGAAUUGAAUGUUUCUUUAAUGAUUUGGUGAUACUUUUUGUUUUAAAAUUGGUAGCAUGAUUCUGGACUAGAGGAGGUCCACAUUCAUGUCCACAUCUCAAUUGUGUGGUUCAGAGCUAAACUGUGUUGUAAAUAGUUGUCCUUAUAAUGUUACAUAUUUUAUGUAUUUCAAUGUAUUCUGUUACGGUUAAUCCUCUGCCUUGCCAAUGUUUAAAAUACCAUAGGUAAAAGGAGGUGUGUAAAUAACAAUGGGUUCCACUUGGUUUCUUUCUAAAUGGUAUGCAGUAUUCUGUGGCCGCACAGACAUACCAACGCAGGUUUGGAGAGCAGUUCCAGCUGCCAUUGUCAAGCUGGAUCAGCGUUUUGGCAAAGGAAAGGUUUUAGACAAAUAUUAUCGGUGCCUUUUACGACGUACUUGUAACAAUUUUUACUAUUUUGUUUUUUUUUGUUCUGUUUUUUUUUUUUUUUUGUUAUAUUAAUAUUCUGUGCAGUUAAACUUGUUCUGAAGUUACCUUUUUGUGUUCUUAUUUACAUGACUUUUAAAUACCUUUUGUGUUUUUUCUUCAUCUUAAUUACAAUCAGCACGUCUGUGCAACCAUUCAAAUCUUUUGGUAAUUUACGAAUCAUACUUUAUACAAUUUAAAUGUUGUACUGUUUUGCUACUUCUGGUUUGUUUUUUUUGAGCAAAGCUUUAUAAAACUGAUUAGUACAAUCACACUUUUUUUGUGUUUUGCACAAUAAAGCCCCUUAGUCUCCAAAACACCAAAUAAACACUCAAAAUACUGUUUCAAAAUCCAUUCAUACAUACAUACAUCAGACAAAGCAGUGGCAAAAUGCUUUUUAAAGUCUCAUGAACUGCCGGUAUGUUGUAUUUGUUCUAAUAGGUGGAUCAGUGAUAUUGUUUGCUCCAGGUCAAUAUUAUGAGUGUUCUUUAAACUCACUCUCCAUACAGCGUAAUCAUUUUCAUAAAUAGUUGGCAUCAAUGUGUAGUUUUACAUAUCAUUGUAUGAUGCAAAAAAAUUAUUUAUUCUCAAGUGGUCCCUCCUGUAGCACUUAUGACCAUAACUUCAACAGUACAAUCUUUAGCGUACUGUAAUCUGAGUGAUUAGUGUUGACUGGGUGUUAGUCAACCAAAUAAAGAUCAAAAAGAAGCUCUAGGAGCAUUGCAUGUUCACCCAAAUGUUAUGCAAAGCUAUUUUUGUAUGUGCUGUAUAUAAUUUUGUUAUUGAUUUUUUUAUGCUGAUUGUACCUUCUUUGCCUAUUCACAAAAUAUAUGCAUAAAAUAUGCUAGAAUGAAGUAAUUGUUUCGUCUUAGUGUUGUGUAGUUGAACAUUUGUGAAUUAAAGAACAAAAGCCUGUGUAUUGGAAAUAAACCAAGCAAGCUGAUUACAAAAAAGGUGAAACACAAAUAAAAGAAAAGCUUUA